AUGCUCACGAAUCGGCUUUCAGCUGCAACACCUCCCCACCCCGGACCCCGCAUCGUACACACAGAUACAUACACGUACACCAUGUCCGCACCUCAAGCACCCGCAUCCACUGAACAAUUCGACGCCGCAACUCAGGUACUUUACACCCCACCCACCUGUCCCUGGCCCCCCCCCGUGACGAUGCUCACGAACCUCCUCACUUGUGCACCUGCAACAGCGCGAACUGCAAGCCUUCCUCGAGCAGGAACAGACCAAGGCUCGAUUACAAACCUCGAUCCACACCUUCACCGACAUGUGCUGGGACAAGUGAGUGGUGUUGUGAUUGACUCGGCUCGGCGCAGCUCUAACCCUCUCACGAAACUGAACGGGCAUGGUCAACUCAUCCCCAGAUGCAUCACGGGCUCGAUCGGCGGUCGUUUCUCAAGAGGGGAAGAGUCAUGUCUGGUCAACUGCGUCGAUCGAUUCCUCGACACAUCCCUCUUUAUCGUCAAGAACCUCGAAAGCCGACGCGGCGCCCUGUAA